GCAGCGAGCCCCAUCCUCAUCAUCACCAUCCCGCCGCCGCCGCCGCGCCCCCCCACCCCCCUCUCUCCCCAGCCUUUGUUAGCCAUGCCUAGCCUGGUAGUGUCAGGGAUAAUGGAAAGGAACGGGGGCUUCGGGGAUCUGGGCUGCUUCCCAGGGAGCAGCAAGGACAGGGCGCUGCUGGAGGAUGACCGGGCGCUGCAGCUGGCUCUGGACCAGCUCUGCCUACUGGGCUUGGGGGAGCCUUCGGCCGCCGCCGCGCCCUCCGCCUCGGCCCUGGGGGUCGGUGGCGGGGCGGUGGAGGACGGUAGCAGCAACCAGCCGGCGCAGCCCCCGGCGCCGCCCCCGCCGCAGCAGCCCCAGCCGCCUCAAGCGCCCCUGCCACAGCCGCCGCCACCGCCGCCGCUUCCUCCUCCGCCAGCUUCAGCAGCGCAGCAGCAGCAGCCCCCGUCGCAGGCGGCUCCCAAAGGCUCCUCGGCGGCGGCGGUGGCCGUGAUCCCACCUCCGCCGCCGCCGCCACCCGCGCCUCCGACCGGCGCCGCCGAGGCCGGCAAGCUCUGCGUCCUGUACAAAGAAGCCGAGCUGCGCCUCAAGAGCAGCUCCAACACCACCGAGUGUGUCCCGGUGCCCAGCUCCGAGCACGUGGCCGAGAUCGUGGGCAGGCAAGGUUGCAAAAUCAAAGCUCUGAGGGCAAAGACUAACACCUACAUCAAGACUCCAGUACGUGGGGAAGAGCCUGUCUUCAUGGUGACUGGGCGGAGGGAGGACGUCGCCAUGGCAAGGAGGGAAAUUAUUUCUGCAGCCGAGCACUUCUCCAUGAUCCGCGCUUCUCGUAACAAGGCUGGCACCACCUUCGGCAGUGCUCCAACCUUGCCGGGGCAAGUCACCAUCCGAGUCCGGGUCCCAUACCGCGUGGUAGGCUUAGUGGUGGGGCCUAAAGGAGCUACCAUCAAACGGAUCCAGCAGCAGACCAACACCUACAUCAUCACACCCAGCCGGGACCGGGACCCUGUCUUCGAAAUCACGGGAGCCCCAGGCAACGUGGAGCGGGCCCGAGAGGAGAUUGAAACUCAUAUAGCCGUCCGGACAGGCAAGAUCCUAGAAUACAACAACGAGAAUGACUUCCUGUCCAGCAGUCCUGACUCGGGCAUGGAGAACCGAUACUCAGAGGCCUGGCGGGUUCACACUCCAGCCCCUGGAUGCAAGCCUCUCUCCACCUUCCGUCAGAACAGCCUCGGGUGCAUUGGCGACUGCUCUGUGGACCCUGCAUAUGAGACACCCCGGCUGAAUGACCAAAACGAUUUCAAUUACAGUUACCUCUUCCCCAACUAUGGUGUCAACAAACAAGAUCUGUAUUACGGCGUGUCAGAGUCUGGUGCUCCUUUGUGGGCUGGGCAGGAGAACACCAACCCUGUCUCGGUCCUCUUCUCCAAGCAGCAGCGAUCUAGCAAUACAGGCACCAUCCAUCCCAACUCGCACCGCUCCCCAUCCUCAUCUAUACAAGAGCCUACCCUCUCUGGGCUUCCUAGAAGGUCUCAGGGGGAGCCUUUGCAAGGGUUUUCCAAACUGGGUGCUUCUGCUGCCACCCGGACGUCCAUCUCCAGCAGCCGGGAGUGCAUGGUGUGCUUUGAGAGUGAGGUGACGGCAGCUCUGGUCCCCUGCGGCCACAACCUCUUCUGCAUGGAGUGUGCCGUGCGGAUCUGUGAGCGGACUGACCCAGAAUGCCCCGUGUGCCAUGCAGCAGCCACUCAGGCCAUUAGAAUAUUUUCUUAAGAGAGAGAGAGAGAGAGAUUGAGAGAGGGGGGAAAAGACAACAUAGGGGGAACUGGAGUGGGUGACAGGACGGGAGGGAGGGGACAGCAGAGAGCGAGAGAAAAAUACAGAUAUGAAAUAAUUUGAAGAAUGAACGAAUUAGGGGGGAAAACAAAAUGAAAUUAAUUUAAAGGAGAAGAAAGAAAUUAUUUUAGGAGCAAUGUAGGGUUAUUUUUAAAGAAAAUAAUAAAGAUGAUGAUAAAAUUAAAAUGGAGAAGCCAGGAAUAUUUGGGAAGGUAAUCACUACACUAUAAAGCCUGUAGUGUCAUUUUUAAAUCGAGAAACUCUUUAACACACACGCAAGUGAUUCUCAAGCAACGUGGGAGGUACGAUGUGGUGGCAUUUUGGGGCAGGGCCUGUGGUUUCUGCCGGCAACAGAGAGAAGUCAUUACUGGACAGGUCAGGGGUCGUCUUCUCAUCCCGCAAACCCAGCCUUGGUCUUGGUCUGAACGUGGUCUGAAGUUGCUGGGCCCUUCAACCUGCCUGGUGGAUGAAAAGCUCAGAAAGAAGUAAAUCAGGAAGGGAAACAAGAAAGAAUAAUGAGAGAAACCAUCAGCCUCUGGGAACCUGAUCAAACGAGGGCACAACUGUAUUACCUCAAAACACUUAAAAAGAAAAAGAAGCAGCUAAAGAUCUUUAUAUUCUUUUUCCUCUAUUUUUUUCCUAAGAAAAAAAAAUUAAAAUGAAAAAUAAUAUUAGAGCCAGUGAAAUGGGGAAAUGGGGGUGUUAGAAGAGCCCCGAGAUAAAAUCCUCCUGGCCACCGUUUUAUUUUUCCAUUUUGAAUCUUCUGAGCCACCACAAAACUCUUGAACUUUGAUUUUUCUUUUUCCUAUUCGAGCAGGGAUUCAUCUAAUAAGAAUCAGGAGUCACUAACAGGGUAUUUCCCAAAAACAACCCCCCACACCACAAAUCAACGCUUCCAUAUUCCCACUCAAGGGGGAUUUGGUGAGGGUUGACAUCCAGGUUUCUGCAUUUCGCUCCCCGCACUUGCCAAGCGAUGCAAUUUCAAACAUUCAUGCAAAAAGACAAGCCUUGUUUUUUCCUUCCUUUGUUUCUCUUCAUUUCAACAACGACAAUUUCGCACCAAAACCUAAGAAAGAUGAUCAUGCAAUACUGGCAGCGAAGCCCACUUAAAACAAACCCACAACCCGACAGAAAGCAAAAAAUAUAUAUAUACGAAUUAACAUGUUUAUAUAUAAUUUUGUCGUCUUUUUAAAAUGGACCAAAACUUUUGUUACACAAAAUCAAAUAAAGAGAUAAAAUGAGAGUAUAUCCUUAUGGACCAAAACCUCUUUUUGCUGUCCUCAUCUGGAUCUUCCUGAGGUUGCCCUAGUUUUAUAUAUUAUAUUUUUUUCACAAUGAAGCAAACAGACACAUGCUCAAAAAAAAAGAAAGAAAAAAUAAUAUUGAAUUGCCUUGUUAAACAUCCUUAAUCAUUUCAAGACAUUUGACUCCUGCUUUUGUUACAUAGGAUACUUUAUCAAACUGUUGGGAAUUGGAGAGACAAGCGCUCAAACUUGCUUCCCUGCCAAUUUCAACGCCCUCAGCAACGUAAUGUAGUCAGGUUUUUUCAAGUUGCUACAUGGAUGCCAAAUUGCCAAGAUUCAGAGGGGCGGAUUAAAAAUAACAGAGUUAUAUGCAUUAAGUGUGUGCAUGUGUGUAUGUACACACGCACAUACACACACACGGUAUAUGCUCUCCUUCCCAUUCCCCUUUUUACAUAUGCUUACACUUCUUGGACCCUUAUUUAGAAGGAAACGUUGGAAACAAGAAACUUUGCAGCUUCUUAUAGAUGGUUCUAGAAGAUGAGAGCUUCUCAAUUUUUAUCCUUGUAUGAUACGUUGCAGGAAACAUGACUUUCAUCAUCACAUAACAUGCUUCCUGAUGGAAGCUAUCCCCUCUUUUUCUUCCCCCCGAAUACUGUCCUAUUGAUUUGUCCUACAUGGCCCUCAAGUCAUCCACUGACAGGGCUGGGUGUGCUCUUGUGCUAAACAGAAUCCCUUCAGAUUCCACCCCAGAUUUUGCAAAAAUUAUUUGACAUAGCUAAUAGCCUUGGGAAUCACAGGGCUAUCUAUGUGCAACACCAAAGCUUCAUCCCUUGGCCAGAGGAGGUUGGGCUGUGGCUACAUAUACUCCCUCCCAUGUUGUCCCAUUGGGAAGCCUCCUUGGAUCCUGAUUUCUCAUGAUGCCAAAUUCCACCUCUUAUACUUUAUCCCUACUUUCAGAGAGUACACACAGCCCUGCAGCUCUACCAUUUUUUUAUUUCGGCAAAAACCCAAACUGCAUUCUGCUGAAUGUAACAAGUGACUAUGAUCCAUGUCUGAAGGGAGGGAGCUGGGGGUGAAGGUGUUGCUUUAAAUGAUGACAAAACAUGUAUUGUCCUGGAAUUGGAAGAAGAAGGGGUUAAGAUGAAGGGCGAUCACCUCCUAGGUUCUUAACAUAACAUUCAAAAGACAAUGCUCUGCUAAAGGGGACACUGUCAGUUUUACUUGGGACUUCCUACCUACCCUUGAUGCUGAAGUGGCUUCAUUCUGCAUUGCAGUUUUGUGCAGGCAUCUGGGUGUUUUCCAAAAAACAAAAACCACCCCAAUCAAAAUUAUUUGCAUUUUUUUUUUACAUUCAGGUGAGCUUGGCAACAUGAAUUGCCUGCUCUCCUUUCAAAUUCCAAUACAUAACUGCCUCUAAAUGGUGCUGGACUGAUGGCAGUUCCACAACUUGAACUGGAUUGGGUCAACCACCGUGGAAAAUUAGAACUUAAGCAUGCCAAAUCCGUUCAUGACAAACUCGGGUGAAUUUUUCUCUAUGAAAGCAAAUGUGGAUGGUUGCCAGUGGACGAGAUGGAGCUGAUUCAGGUGGCCUUCAGCCUCUCAGUUUCCAAAUCUGGCAAAAGUGUCCUUGUCAGCCUUGGCCAACCCAGUACCUCCAGAUGGCAAAGGCUGGCCUUGCCAUCAAGAUUCAUCUGGAGUUGCCUUCAAAGCAGCUUGAUCUCCACACCACGUGGGAAGUGAAGUGUGCGGCUUGCCCUCUUCCGUCCUUGGCACAUCCCUUGGCAUGCCAGCAAAACAACUUUCUAUGCAUUCCUUUUGAAAGCCUGCAAAGGCUUUUGAAAUACUUGGUAACUGGCCUCACCAGCUUUCCCAACCCCCUUCUUCUUAAAAACAAGUCCCUUCAUGGACACCACAAAUUCUGACAGUUUCCCCUUUUCUUUAAAAAAUAAUAAUGAAAAGUUCUGGUGCCUGUUUUGUCAAAUAGGACUGUAUGACUCCUCGUAUGAGAAAUGGGGAAAGGAAAUGGGGGCUGGGGGGAGGAGGGUGGGGAGAGAAAAAUACAUUUUUCUUUUUUUGGAGAAAGAAAGAAAGAAUGCAAAAGGAAACGAACGGAUACUGACGUGAUUCCAUUUGUUCCUGGUGUGGGAGGGGGCUGCCUGGCCUUCUCCCACUCAUGUAGAUAAAAGGGGAUAGGGGGAGGAGGAGGAGGAUGAGCAAGAGGGUGUCCCAGACUUUGUGGCAAAGGAAUAAAGGGUGGGGUCAGAAGGAUGGCCCCCCCGUCUGAUGGUGCUCCCUCUGACAACGUUGCGCCCCAUUCGGGGCUGGAUAUAUUCUUUGGAUUUAGUUGUUCUUGGCGGAGUGAAGUCUGUUUCGUAGUUAAUGUGAGAAAGUUUUCGGUCAAUGUUUUUUUUAAUUCUUUUAAUGCCAGGCAAUGGAGAAAGGAUAACUGAGGAAGAGGAGAGGUCUCCCUACGUGGGGAAAUACUUAUUGGGAGGUUGGGGCAGAUUUUAGCUCUGGCCCUAUGGGGUGAGUAGUAAAAGGGUGGAAGAAUGGCGACCGGGAGCAGGGGAGGUGCAUGUGGAUCUGUUCCUACCCUCUUUCCCCCCCAUUGUCUUUCUUAUUAAAACAAACAUUUGAAACACUCUUCCCCACCCCCACCAACACACAUGCACGCAUGGUGAAAAUCAAUGGAUAUUCCCCCUUUAAAAAAUAAGAUGAAAAUAAGAGUAUAAAACCCAAACCAACAUCCACACUUGCUAAUUAGAAAUGGAAGGGGUAUGCAUCCUGUCUUAGAACAAAUGUUCUUCAUGAACCAGGCAGGUCUUGCCUCUUUUCAGUUAAUUUUUUUAAAAGAGAAAAAAAAGACCCUUUUUCUUAGUUCCAAUAACCUUUUAUCUAUCUAUCUAAUCUAUAUAUACAUAUACAUAUAUAUUAAAAGAAAGCCUGAUGUAGCAACUCUAGUUUAAUAGCAGUAUUUUAACUCCCAUCUUUUAAAAAAUAUAUAUAAAUAUAAAUAAAUAUAUAUAUAUAUAUAUAUUUCCGCCCACUUGCCCUCCCUGUUAUUUUUUAAUGUAGCCAGAAAAAGAGAGAGAGAGAGAGAGAGCGCGAAGAGAACCCCAAAUUGCAGAACCUCAGUUGCAAACCCAACGGCUACCUCUGGUCUGAGAGGGGGGCUGCAUACUGUUGUUGGGGGAGGGGAGGACCCUGUAUGGGGCCUCACACAUUGAAAUUCCCAGGACCCCUUACAGGAAUUGGGUGGGAAUACAUUUGUGUGAUUCCUUUUUCUUUUUUUAAAUAUAUGUAUAUAUAUAAAUCAAAAAAGAAAAAUGCCCAUGACCUUAAUUUUUUCCUCUGACAUGUAUCUUCCUUGAUAGGUAUGUAGGGAUGGCUUGUUGGUCUGAUUCACCAGCAAUAGACAAAAACUUACGACAGCUUUAAAAAAAAAUAUUUUUUUUAAAGUCAACUCUUCCAGUAUGAUCAGAUAAGCUCUUGGGUCAUUUGGGAGCUUUUAAAUUCCAGUCUGUGCCAAUCCCCAAAUCUGCACUGAUAUUGUCAAGAAAACACCACCCUCCUCCCCCCCCCCCCGCAAAGUAAAGAUGUCUGCAGGGGCCAGAACUAAGUGCUGAAGGGUGUGCUUUCUACACAGAAGGUCCCCAAUUCAAUCCCUGGAAUCUUUGCCUGAGCCCCUGGAGUGUUGCUGCCAAUCAGUAUAGUACUAGGCUAGAUGGACUAAUGGUCAGUAGAAGGCAUCCCAGUAUAAGAUGGGGCUGCACUGAGGAAGAAUUAAGCUCCACCACUCAUAAUCACCACUACCUUGUAGCAUGUGGGGGGGGGGCACCUGUGUCUUGAAAAUUCACACCAGCCACAGGUUAGGCUGCUCAUUUGAUGGGGAUCUCUGCCUUCCCACUUUUUUUCUUGCCAAAUGCAUAAAUGCAACAGAGUCAGCUCUGUUUUCACCUUUCUAUCUUUCUUAGCCUAGAGAACAAAAACUGGGCAUUUGGGCAUUAAGACAUUUGCGGCUGCAGUGUACCAGAACUGGAGUCAGGCCUGGAUAGCAGCACCCCAGUUUCUACGAUUCGGGGGGGGGGCUGUGAUAUAAAGCCAGUAUAAUAGGAUGGUAUUGAUAUACCUUGAGAGUAAAGAGGUGGAUCAAGAGAUGGGUAGUGCGGGCAUACCAUUUAAAAAUGCCCUUUGUUGGAAAAGGCACCCACAGCACCUAUCCUGGCCCAAAUUUGAUUUUGCCCAGCUUAGCUAGCUACAAUCCCAAACUAGUGACAUGCCAUUUGGACCCCAUCAGGGUGGUAAUUGGGUGAUGUGAUUUAUCUGCAAAGGCACCUCUGCUACUUGUCUUUGUAAAAGUUUUCAGAUGAGACUAGAAGAUUGUCACCAUUUUAAUAUUCAGGGUCCCAAUGGAAGAUUCUGAGAUUUUGAGAAGAAACUUCCUUGAUUUCUUGGCAAAAUUAAAAUUUCCAAGCGUUUCCAUGGCAUGCCGUGAGGUAGGUGGCAACAGGGGGGCGGGAAGGUAUUUGAACUUCUGGAACCAAUCGUAAUCUUGAGAAAAUUCAAAAAGUGGAUUUUGGAACAUCAGAUUUUUCAGAACUUCUUUGAAACGCACCAGUUUAUUGGCAACAUAAGGCAGCAUUUUGAAGGUACUGUAUCAGCUUUGCUCCAAAAUCUUAAGUUGCAAAGAUAUUACAACUAAAACGAAUAAAAAAGCACAGUCACCGGAUUAAGGAAAUCUUGGCUGAUUAAUCAUAUGUGUUUCAAUCUGCAUAGAUUUGAAACUUUAAAAAAACUACUUUUAGAGAACAAAAAGUGGUUUCUGUAUUUUUACUUAAACGCACAUACAUGUCAUGGCAUUAGAAGAGGCAGUCCCUGUUCUCUUUCACACAAGAGGGAAUAGCUCUUAGGAACAUAGGCAGCAGCCUUAAAAUGAGCUAGAUUUUAUACUAGCUAACUAUCUUCACAGCUUGACAACAGCUCUCUUGGGGUUUCAAACAGGGAGUCUUUCCAGCCCCCUUCAGAGAUGCUGGGGAUUGAACCUGGGACCCCUUGCAUGCCAAAGCAAGCGCUCCACCACUGUGAUAUUAUCCUUCCCCUCAAAAUGAAUUAAUGUUCUAGCUAGCCCCAAUGGUUCUGAAUAAAGGGCUGGUUUAAAUACAAAGCUGCCUUAUACUGUGUCAAACCAUUGGUCUACCUAGCUAAGGAUUGGCAGCGGCACUCCAGGGUUUCAGGUGGGGCGUCUUUUCUAGCUGGACGUGGAGAUGCCAGGAAUUGAACACAGGACCCUUCGCAUGCAGAGCAGAUGCUCCCCCACUGGACCACAACAGCCCUUCCUCUUCUUGCCAGUUUUCAGAGGUUACUAGUAUUAAAGGUAACGCUAAAGUAAUUUAACUAGAUAAUCAAGGCACCUUUUUAGUUGAUUAAUUUUUUAAACCCAAUUAAUCAACCUAAAGGAUGCUGCCCUAAAAUUGCUGACAUCUUUGAAACUUUGUCAGCAUCAGAAUUUGCUAUAUUUGACAUGGAAUCUUUUCCUUUUGGAUUUCAACCUUUAGCAAAAAUAUAAAAAUAAAUAAAUAAAUCCCGGGAAGUUCAAAUUUGAAUGCCAUCUCUCAGCAGUGUGAGACAUAGUAGCAGGUUGUUCCUUUCAGCUCUCCCCAAAUGGGGUUAAUCGCCAACAUCUGUGGUCAGAUUCGAAGCCAUUGUUUGAGGUAUCUGUGUGUUUGUGUAAAAGGGUGGUAGGAAAUGUAAUUGGGGUUGGGGGUGGGGAUUUCCAAGUAUCAUACUCUGAUAACAGCUUCAUGGAUAUAAAUUAUAUAGAGAAUAGUAUUACUAUAAUGCAUUUAAAAUGAUGAAAUGAAUUUGGAUUUAUAUUUAAAUGAGGAGACAUUAUCGAAGUGGCUCUCCUAGCCAGACUAGUUGCAGAAGUAUUUUUAGCUGGUGGGAAGUUGAUUUCUCCCCGCCCCUUCCCCACUCCCUCACUCACACACACAUGCUCUCUCUCACACACUUUUUAAAAAUCUCCAACAAUGCAAAGGCUAUGACUGUUAAAUCUCAAAACCCUCCUGAAUCAAGUCAACAGCAACGAACAUUUCAAUCUUUUAAUCCUUUCAUUUGUUUUUGCCAUGAUGAUGAUGAUGAUGAUGAUGCAUUUACAUGCCUGGUUGUUUGAGGUUUUUGGUUGUUGUUGUUUUUUUUAAUGGAGAGGGGGGAAGACAAAAAAAUUAGAACAUUUCUUUAUAAUUUAAUAUUUCUAUUUUAAUAAAUGCAUUUAUUACAUGUAAAUGUAGUAAGGAACUGGGCUAAAUAAAAUACUUUUUAUUAGGUAAUUUAUUAUAAGGAACAAAGGAUAUUUUAUUUUAUGAUAAAGUGAUCCUUAAAAAGAUUAGAAUGUUUAGAAUAUAUGUAGGUUGAAAAUACAUUUGUAUCCAGAGUAUUGCUUAAAAAGUGUUUUUAAUAUAUGUUUCUUUCUUUCCCCCUUCCUCUUUUUCGUGCGUGCGUGUGUGUAUGUAUCAGUGGGUAGUUACAGUAAGAAUAGCCCUUCCCAGAAAAAAAAUAGGUAUCACAAAGUUGUAUUUAAAAAUGAUUAAAAGUGAUGAACAUUACAAAUCGGACAAAAGAAAUGCCACUUUUAAAACUGUAAAUGUUUGCCUUUGGUUUAAAAUCAUCCUCAGCUCACCAACACUCGGGUAUGCAAUUUUCAUUAUUAUUGGAUGUUUAAAAAAUAAGCACACACUUAAGAAUUUAACUGCAUAGAACAAAUUUGGGUAAGCUGGGUUGGCAUACUUGCCUCUUAGUGGAUCUGCUUAGAUGAGCCUAUGCCAUCCUAGUGUCCUUCAAAUGUUCCUGGACUACAAAUUCCAUAGGAAUUACAGUCCCUGGAGGACUCCAGGUUGGCAAGGGCUGGUGUGGAGUCAUAGAGUCCAUGUUUGCAGAGUUAGAAUCAAGGGCUUUGUGGGCAAAUUGUCAGACCAACACUAAGCAGGUCCUUGUCUCUGAGCUCUCUUCAGGCCCAUUGGGGUACCAGAAAUCUUCCCUCAAUACAUCCUCUUUAAUGAGCAGGCAGGUGUGGGAUUCGAGAUGGUCUAGCUUGCAUGAAUACUCAGGACAUCCUUUUGGGUCCGGCCCUGGCUUAGCAGAGCAGGACCGUAUGUUUUUAAGCUAGUUUAGGAUCCUGUCACUACUCUCCUCAUCUGCUGCCUCUUCCUAUGCAGUCUUUAUCAGGACAGUUUUGGACCAGGGACCACAACCCUUUCCCUUUAAACGUGGAGGUAGAUGCAGGGUGAGUACGACCACAGAAGCUGGGAAAUGGUGAACAGAACAUGACUCUGGGCAAAGAGACAUAAAAAUGGCAGCCAGCCACUGUCUCUGUUGCUGGUCACCUGGCGAUCUGUUGUCCCAUAUCAAGCAGCAAGGAGAAUUUCCCCAUAAUUUCCUAUUAGAAAUCCAGGGGAUCCAGGAAAUGAAACAAUUCUGCCAGUCCCUUAGCUGUCUAAUAACACCCACACCAUGGUAAAUUACUGCUUUGUAAAUGGUUGUCUAUAUCUAUCCUGCAUCUUUACUGGUGGGCUAAGUAUUUUGAGUCAUCCAAAGAGGACCUUCUCUGCCCCUGUGGAGAGUGUUAGAAAGACAAAAAGCAAUUUCCUACCACAAAAUUCUUAAGCUUGUGCAUUGAUUUUUUAUUUUUAAAUAUUUUUUUUUUACAAUCUUAAAAGCAUAGGGGUAAUGAUCCAGGUAACAGUUUAUUCCCACAUGUUGCUGGUCAGUUGCCUUGUUUUGCUAGAGAUUCAAUGUACUUUGUUGGUGAUUGAGUACCCAGCACUGUGCAGCAUAGAACCCUCCAAGUGUAUCUCUACACAACAGACUUAAGUGAGAUUAGCCUUCAUUCACUCUUCCUGGGAGACUGUAUAUUAUUUGUGUCAGGGAGCUAGGAAUUGUAUUUACAGGAUUGUAAGAAACCCUCACCACGCUGCAAUCCCCAUAAUUCUCUGGGGCAGGAGCCAUGACAAACUGGUAUGAAACUGACAUUUGUUUUAGAUGUAUGCCUCCUGGUGGCAGACAACAUAAUGCCCUCCAGAUGUUGCUAGACCACAACUCCCAUCAUCCUGACCAUUGGCCAUGCUGAAUAGGCCUAAUGGGAGCUGGAAUCCCAACAACUGAAUGGCACUAUCUUGGCAACCCCAUAGAGCUCGCAAACUUUUCUUUGUUUUUUUAAAAAGCCAUGAGUAUCCAGAAUCUACUUUUCUUAGAGGACAGGGACAUUUAUGAGUCUUCUGCCUUUCAACAAAAUAUCCUUAAGGUAAGAAAGCCACACACACCCCAGCUCUGUUGGCCUUUGCUCACAGAAUCAUUUUGUAAUUUUUAACCAAAAAGAGAGAGAGGGAGAAAGGGAGGGAAGAGGAAUCACUAAGUAUAUUAAAAAAAAAACUUUCUAAAAGUAUAAAACUUUCUAAUGUAUUUCUUAUAAUCCUAUAGAAAAUAAUAAAAAUAAAUAGUAGAUGAUAUCAAUAUAAAAUAUAAGGAAACUGACGAUCCCAGACUGAGCAGAAUGUAAAAUAAACUCUUAACCAAGGUCAGGUUUGUUUUCAUUUUAUUAAUUUUCCUGCUAAUGCUAUGUCCCCCCACCCACCCAGUACUACAUUCCUUAGCUGAAAUUUGAACCACAGUUUAGUAACUUUGUGUCAAUCAAAGCUGCAAUGUUAUUUUUUUAUAGGGGGGAAAUUGUGGGAUCUAAUAAUAUGUAUUUUUUAAAAAAAGAAUUAAGUUUUGGUGGUUUUUUAUGUUGAUCUUUUAAAGAAUAUCCAUCCAAUACAUUAGAAAGGAAACAAAGAUUAGACUUAUCCUUUUUAAUUCUGACUUCCAGCACUGUGCUAGGAAGGGUUUGAGUUUUGAACAGAAAUUGGAACAUUUGAGAGGAUGAGGUUUUGUUUUUCUUUAAAGGAAAAGCUGGUGUUUUCCUUCAGAGAAAAAAAAGAAAGAAAAUUUCUCAAAAAUAUCAAAAGAGUUUUGGAAGGCCUUUGUAACACGCUGGUUGAAAUAGCUAUUAUAUUCUACAUCUAAAUUAGGUGAUUGAACAUGGUUGAUAUCAGAGCACUGGGGCUCAGUGAUCAAAGUGGAUGAAAUCUUUAGCUGAUAUUCCUUACCUGUUUGGCCCUGUCCAUUUCCAUUCUUGAUGAAUAUAUAGCAGCAGCAGCAGCAUCAACAACAACAAAUUACUUCCCUGGAAUUUUAAGGGCAACCCUGGAUUAAAAUGGGCUUGCCCACUGUUUAUCUGCGUAGAAGGUGGAACCAUGUGGGAAAACAGCUUUGUUAAGUAAACUUCAGGAGGCAGGACUCCAGUGCCUCUUUCCAGAAGCUGUGGGGUUUAAUUUGGGUAAUUGGCUCAAUUAAGGGCUUAUCCACACUUACCGUUCCUCCAUGCUUCGGCCCAUGCUUUAAAACUAUGUCCAAGUGCCCUUUUGUUUUGCUUCAGAGCUUUCACCGUGAAAACCCACUGUUUAAAGCUUAGUCAGAGCAAAUGCCAAUCCAUGGAAAACCCAAAUUGUCAUUUGUUCCGAUUCAGCUUUAAAGAGUGGAUUUUCGUGGGGAAAGCUCCAGAGCAAACCGGGGGGGGGGGGAGUAUGCUCAACCAUGGAGUUUAAAUACACAGGCCUGAAAAUAGUGGGGCAAAAGGUUAGUGUGGAUAAGCCCUAAAACUCCUACAUCUUCCAAUCAGCUAAGGUUUAUUUGAACAGAUGACAGUCCUGUUAAGCUGACAGCCAUUCUGCCCCUGCCUCUCCUUCCCCAACUGCCUCUCUUCCAAGCUUAUCUGCCAGGGCUACAAAAAUAUAUAUGACCUAGGCACUGAUCUCAAAUUUGAGUGCCUUCAGAUUUGAUCAUUUUUCCUAGCAACAUUUUUCAAUUUAAUUAACUGGCAUGUAUAGCAUUUGUAUAAAAGAAAAUCUGGGGUGUUCGUGUAUAAGAGUUUGACCUCCCCACUCCCAAGCCCUGAUCCCUCCAGUUUUGUGCUCCCCAACAAAACGCAGUGCUUUUGACAAGCCAGACCCAUAGUUGUAGGAAAAAUUAUGCCCAGCAGACAGAGAAUGGAAUUUGGAUAUUUUUAGGAGUGAGAUGAGUAUACCACUUAGAACAGACUGAGCAAUACUCAGUGAAGGUCCCAAAUGUGUACAUUGAAUUCUUCGUGUCUGUGAAGAUUUCAAGGGGCUUAAGAGCCCCCAGGUCACCUAUGCCCCUGCCAAGUGGUCAGCGGCCAGCCUCUUCCUUCCCUUCUAGACAUUCUGAGCCUUCUUACCUGAAGAACAUAUUGCGCCAAGUAUCAUCUCCCGGGGUAGCUGGGAUCAGCAGCCUUUGCUGCUCCAAAAUAUUUCAAUAUUAUAUGACAUUAUUAUAAUAAAUAAUAACAUAGUUUUAAAGUAUAUAGGUACUAUUAUUAGAGUGGUUUUGAACUAAGUCUCUGAGAAGUUUAGGAGUGGCUUCUUUUAGGUCGAGUCAUUUUCUUGUUCUGCAAUAAGGGAAGUCAGAUAUUGAGGGAUGCACCUGCAGAGUCUCAAGGUGGGUGGUGCCUUUGGUUUGGCAAGCCUCAAGAGCUGUUGUGCUCCAUGAUGUUGAUACUUCAGGAGCAAGACUGGACUCAUUUUUCACAGAGCAUACAAGUGUCGUGUCGCUAUCUGGGCCAGGGAUUAACCAGCACAGGUUGGGCAGCUCUGGAGUGUCUUGCCCAUUCUCAAAUCUUUCCUCCUUGUGCAGGUUCAGACCUCAUUCUUAUCAGAUCGCCUUCUUUUGCUCCCCCCCCCCUUAGAAACCCAAGAUCCAUGCACCAGGUCCCAGGUACAAAAGAUGCAUAGACAGAAUUCAAGAACUGGGUCCCCUGAGCACAUACUGAGCCCAGGAAUUUGAACUGCAUUCACAAUUCCUUUUUGGAUAAAGUUUAAUUCCUGGUUUCCCAGAAUUGCCUUGUUUCAGCAGUCUAAUUGAAUAGCCCUUUUGUGGUUGCCAUAGUUUGGGGGAAUCAAGGUCCCUUGCCAAUUUCCUGCAAAGCACCCAGUAGUCUACUAGUAGGUCCUUACCUACCCUUUGCCCACCCCUGGUCUCAAUUAGCAUGUUUGUUACCCCAUCUUCUCUCAUUUCCAAGUAGGCCAGUAUGAACCUUGAGCAAUUCCUCCAUAUCAAAUUGACUUAUAAACUGGUACAGAUAAUGGCAUCAUGUUCUACAAACCUCUUUCUGAAUAGGCUAGUCCUGCUUAAGUUGGUUAGGGUUCUUGCAGUGCUUUCUCUUACCUGAGGGUACACCUGAUCUCUUUUAACAAUUACUUGCGAGGUAACAGUUUGACAAACCCCUGCUGUAUCCCCUGGAACCUUUAAUUUGUGAAUCCAAUCUUGGAAACCAUUUCCUAUUAUCAGAAUCCAGUUUGGAACAGGAUUAGGUUACUGAAUCUCCUUUGAUUUGUUUGGGCAGCUGGCAUUUGUACUAGCAGACCAAGAAAAGACAGGCCAGCUCCUUGUUUUUAUUUCAUUCUUUUGUUUACUUGCUCUUUUAUUUUACCUCAAUUUGUUCUUUUGGUUUGAUACUUGAAUGGUGAUACAGAUAAUGCCCUGGACUGAAACUCAGAUGCACUUUAUAGAUCACACCACUCUUCGCCAACCUGGUGCCCUCCAGAGGUUUUGGGCUGCAACUCCUCAGUUGCCAUCCCAAACCUCUGGAGGGCACUAAGUUGGCAAGGACUACAUUACGUCUAUACAGCAAAUUUAAACCGGUUGCAAACCAGCUUAAUUGCCGGAAAUUUUCAAAGAACCUCAAAAAAUGCAAUUUUUGCAAAGGUGCUGAGAACUCUCUUAAAGGCCUUUCCCCCAGGAUUUCAUGUGGGACAAAGCCAUGAUGAUAAUCCGGUUUAAAUUUGUAGAGUAGAUAGUUUCUAAUAUUUGUAUACUAGUCAGCAGAUGCCAUCCUUGCUUCAGUCAAACGAACGGCCAACAUAUUUCUUUGCUGGUUUCCGUGACUUGGAGGAGUUGAUCUAGCGGAUGCUAACAUUUCACAGUUCUUGGGAAUGAUUUGUGCUCUGAUUUUUACUAUUCCUUUUUCUUUAUUCUUUUUAGUCAUAACUAAAAGCCAGGGUCCACUUUUGUUAGUACUUGUAUACACUGUUAAGACAUCUCAUUAGCAUCAGUGAAACUUCUGGCGUGUAAGAUCCAAUUUUUCCCCAGUUGCUAUUGAAGUAGAAGGGAAGUUAAGUACAGCAUUUGGAACCAGAAUUUCACCUUGUGAGCCAUGUGAGAGAAUUCAGAUUUGUUGUCUGUUCAGUGUAAACUGAAUCUGAUUUAGGGUAUAAUAUACCGUAGGUGCCACUGACAUCAGGCGAGCGGGGGAAUCAGUUAUUGAUGAACUGGAUAUGGCAGCCAUUAUUUCACUCAUGUCAUUAAGGAAUUGGUCCAGAGUAAUUUCAAUUUAGGAGGAACUGCUUUUGCCUUUUAAAUUCGUGUGGAAUUCAUGUACUGGGUUUGAUGAAACCUAUAAUAUUUCCCCUUGUUACCAAGUAAGAGAAUUCCAAUGAAGAAAACUGGAGUUCCACCAUAAUCACCAAGGAGUUGUAUUCUACUAAGCUCUACUCAAGAGUAACCCUUUGAAAUUAAAGGACCUAAGUUAAUCAUAUCUAUUAAUUUCAGUGGGUUUAUUCUGAGUCGGGCUAGCAUUGGAUACAACCCAAGAGUCCAAUCUAGUAAUGUUGACACAAAUGGGAAUAUAUCCAUUGGGGCAUAUUCUGGAACUGUUGCAAUGGGGACAGAUUUAUCCUUGCAAGUGAAAAAAUCAAUCUUUCUAAAGUUCUUCCACAAUCUUCCACAUUUCUAAACAACUCCAGAAUACAACCAACUAAGAAGGAUUUGCUGAGAGCCUCACUGGGUGAGAAGGUAUUCUCUUCAGGAGGGCAUCAGAGUUUAGAUUGGGGAAGUUAAAUCUUUUGGCCCCAUACCAAGUCUGUGACAACCCCCUUCCCAAAGCUGCAUUGAGUUGUGCAUUUCAUCAGUGGCUAAUAGCAGCUUUGGGAGGGAGGGUUGGAAUUUGUCUCAAGGAAUCUGUGCAGGGAGCAAAGGGUUAAAUCCCCCUGCACCACAGGCCUGGUCCAAAUCGGAGCUGCUUUUACCUCCAGCCAUGGGAUUUUUGCAUCCCAAAUUGUUUUGGCCUUUCAUUUGACAAGUCUGCAGCUGUCUGGGCUUAAAAGGAAAUGCGAGGUUGUUUGCCUUCUGUCAAAAUGGAUCUGCACUUCUUUGGGGGGAAACAUUCAUUUUAACUGUUUCGGUGCUUAUACAAUGACAUUUUCUGCAUGAAGUUGCAAAUGAAUUUUUCCUUCCCCAUCUGAACUCUACUAUUCCUUUCCACCCCAUCCUGAACCUUGGUUCCAUUUCAGCACCACUUCAAAGGUCAAACAGCUCUCUGCUGCUGAGCAGCUUUUGCCAACCUGGUGCCCUCCCACUGUUUUGGACUAUGACUCCCAGAGCAGCAGGAGGGCAAAAGAUUAGCAAAGAUGGCUACAGACUUUAAAAUAACAAUUCUUAAUGCAGUUCCCAGAUUCCCUAGGGAGAAGGUGCUUGUCGUGCCCUUUUCCUAGGGAAUAAUGGGGCUAUUCUACAAGUAGGAACUCUCUCAGCACCUUCACUAUAUUGCAGAAUAAAGCUGGGGGUGGGAGAACGGUUAUGCCAGUUAAAUUGGCUUAACUUUGCCAUGAAGAUGCCUCCCCCAGAUGUGCAACGGCAAAUGCAAACUCUUUAGCUUAGCUGAAUCCAGCAAUUUAUUCCAUCAUAUAUUCGGGCAUGUAUUGGAGGGCUGUUGUAGACUUCGAUUUUCUUUUUCAACACGGUGCAGGAUAUAUAUUCUCCACCUGUAAACAGUUCUGCCUUACCUUGGACCAUUCUUGUCUCAGUUUCUGGUGUUGCUUUUUUGUCAUAGGAAAUCAGUCCUUGGAAGCAGGUCAUGCAUUCCAUCCAGGGUUUGGGUUUUAUUUUAUCAGUUGUUACCUGGUUUCCCCCAACCCCUUCCUUUCUUUCUUCCUCUCUCUCGCUCUGUAAAAACCCGAGAGAGGAAGAGAGAGAAGCUAAGAAAUGUUAACCCAUCCAUAAAGAGAAGAAGAUGAUUACUAGUUAGACUCAGUGUCUUGAGUUCGGAGGCAUAUAGUAAAGAGAAGAUUUUUUAAAAGUUAAAAAAAGAAAAGAAAAUAAUGAUGUUGCACAACUUGUAGGAAAACAAAGAAGGGAAAGGGUUAUUGUAUUAAAUGUGCUAAAUUACAUUAAGAACUUAAUUUUAUUAAAGUAUUAUUACUUAAGAAA